UUUUUUAAUUUCCCAAAUUUUACAGUAAAAUACAUGCAUCUUAAUAAGCUUUAUGAUUAUCUGCCUGGAAAGAAGCUUCUUCGAACUUCAUCAAAAGAAAAAAACAAAAAUAAGGUCACUUUCUCCUCUCUCGACUCCGAUAAAAAAGAAAAAAUUGAAAAAAGUAUCCGUGAGAGCUUAUAUGAAAAACCUCAUAGUGAAAUGAUAACAAUGAAUUUCAAUAAUAUUAAAGAUAAAUAUAUGGCGGAAUAUCCUAAUGAUACCUUUUGUGAACUUCUUAAAGAGUUCAUUAAAUUAGAAAUUCGAAAGUUUAUUGAGCGUUUGAGGAUGUUCCAAAGGGAAAUACCUUCUAAUAUUGAAGAUAUGCCUGAUAGUGAAAUCAAGAAAAAAUAUUUCUAUGAUGAAAAUAAGGGUUUAGAUCAGAGAAUCGAGAAUAUGAUAGCGAAAAUGAAAGUUGUUGAUGAAGUAGAGAUUAAUAACAAUUAUGUAGAGGUUAUGAAAAAUGAUGUAAGAUAAUUUUAAAUUUGUGUAUUGAUAACAAGGAUUGAUCAGAAAUGCGGGAUGUGU